AUGGCAACUACAAAUAAUUCAAAUGCUACAAGUAUGUAUUCAUCUUCAAAUGAUGUGACUUUUGCGGGUUAUUAUUCGUUAUUAAUGGUCAUUAUUGGUACAAUAUUUAAUCUUUUAAUAUUCAUUGUAUUAUGUCGAGCAAGAUUUCGAAAUGCUCAAGUUCGUUCGACGAUUCAUUAUAUUCGUGCAAUAGCAAUGAUUGAUUUUCUCGGAUUAUAUGGAUGGACUUUAGAUAAUUAUUUUGGUAUUGUUUAUGGAUUUACAUUAACUUCUUCAUAUACAAUUGCAUCAUGUAAAUUCUUUUUAUUUUUUAAUUAUUUUACACUUCACAUUUCGGCAUGGUUACAUGUAUUUGUGUGUUUUGAUCGAUAUCUAGUUUUAAGUCGUUUAAAUCCAAAUACUUGGUUUAAUCAAUCCAAAAAUGUUUUAAUUAUGAUCGGUUGUAUCAUUGGAUUCUUUUUUCUUUUCAAUUUUCAUAUUUUACUCUUUGUUUGUUAUCAAGAUAUCAAUGGACAAAUUAAUACCAAUUCGAAACUAUAUAUACUUUAUCCUUUAUAUCAUCGAAUACAUUUGUGUGUUUAUAAUCUUAUUCCAUCAUUUUUCAUAAUUUUAUUCAAUGGUAUAUCAGUUUAUCAUCUUUAUCGAUUACGACGCACGACGAGUAUACAAAAUUCUCAAGUUCGUCAUCGAUCUAUUUCAAUAACUCUUAUAAUAACAAGUAUUUUAUUCGUAAUAAUGCGUACACCAUCUUCAAUUAAUUAUGCUUUCUUUUAUGGUUCGCUUUAUGCAACUGACUGGGGUCUACAUCUAAUUUAUGCAAUUGAUAUAAUUCAAUACACAUUCCCUAUUUUAAAUUUGCCAAUUUACCUAAUUACAUUUACUGAAUUUCGUUAUGAACUGAUGAGCAGCAUAACAAGAAGAAGAGGAAGAAUGAUGGCACCGACAAAUAUAGAAGUUAUGAAACGUCCCGCUGAACACAUUGGAUUAUCGAUUCGCUCUAACAGAACGCAUCUACAAUCGAAAACUGUUUUAUCAAACCAAAACAAUUUGACCAUGCGAACUGAGAAAUAA